AUGGCCUCAUUCUCGAAACACCCUGAGAAGAAGUCCGGCGAGCCGGCGAACAUCCCCCCAGAGAUCCAGGAUCUGCACUGCUUCACAGAGACAGGGGGGGUGAUCACAACCACCAUGUUCGACGUACCUGGAUAUCGCAUCGUAAAGAUGCUGGGUACGGUGUACGGCAUAACCGUCCGAUCACGCAACUGGGCCGCCGGGCUUGGCAUGGUGCUGAAGAGCGUCGUCGGCGGGGAGCUGCGAUGGUUCACAAACAUGCUGUACACGGCUCGCAAUGAUGCCAUCGGCCGCAUAGUGGACGAGUGCAAGAGCCGCGGCGGCAACGCAAUCAUUGCGCUGCGCUUUGACACUGGAGGCAUGGAGGGUUUCGCUCAGGUCUGCGCGUAUGGCACUGCGUGCCAGGUCGAGAAGAUCGAGCCCAAUGAGCCACUGCCGGAGUAUCCCCAGCUCUUCCAGACUACCUGA